GUGACUACUGCUGAAAUUGCAGAUUUUCUCUCGUGUAUCAGAAGCAAAAAUUUAAUAUAACUCCACGUACUGUUUAAUAACCCGUUUAUCGAACCGAACAUAUUGUUGUGAUGCCGCCAGCGCUGAAAAGAAUAAAAUCAAACAAUAAAUUACAAAAUGACACAAAAAAUAGAGAGAAAGUGGAGAGACAGAAAAAAACAACCAAUAAAGUAGCAGUUGCAAAAAUUUCUAAAACAAGAGGGAAGAAUAAAUUGAAAAAUAAUGAAAUUAUUGAUGAUCAUUCUGGAAGAACAAAAUCCAAUUCACACUUAUCUAGAAUGGAUGAUGAAAAUGUGACAAAUUCGAAAAAAGAACCCAAAUUUGUUGCUCAGUCAAAAGAACCUACAAAGUCAAAGUCGGCCAAAGUUCAGAGAACUUCCAAAAAUGCAAACGCAAAAACAGAUGUCAAGCCAAACAACAAAGUUCCUCAAACUGAAGACAGAAAUCUAAGGUUGGUUACUGGAAUUAACUCAAAUAAAUCUACAGUUCAAACCGCAUCAAAUAGAUCACCAAGAAUUAAAGCUAAAAACAGUGAAAUAAAGCCAUCGAAAUCUUCUGUAACUUCUUCAAAAGUUAAAAACAAAAAAUCUCAUGAAAAGAAAACUAAAAUUGUUGUUAAUUUAACAAAAGGGGAAAGACAGAGCAAUGACAGUUUGAUAGUAAAAUCAGAGGAUUCGGCUAAUUCAGAUGAUAUCUCUUUUAUGAGUGACUCAGACUCCGAUGAUUCUGAUUCUGAAGAUGUAAGAAAUACCCCAAAAGUUCAAAAUAAAAAUAGUGCUAAAGCUGUGAAACGAAAGAGUUCUGAUGAAAAUGAUAACUCACCGCACAGUAAACAUCCAAAGUUGACUUCCAUCUCAAAUUCUUUUGUCAAAUUGGAAAAGAUUCCAGCUAAAUCGAACAGGAAAGAAAUCAAGAAAUCUUCUAAGUCUUCCAAUACAUCUGAAAAAUCGGAAAGUCAAGUUUCAAAGAAGAGGAAAAAAGAUUCAUGUGAAACAAACGCUGACACCAUGGUCUCCCAAAGUCCUAAAGUUAAAAAAGAAUCUCGGUCAAAAUCUACAAAAACUAUAAAAAAGAAAGAAAUGAAGAAAAAGUUAAAAACGGAAAGUGGUAAAAAAGAAAAUUUUAAAAUUGAGAAACUACCUCAGCCAGGUUUUGAUGAAUCUGAUGUUACCUCUGUUUUAUUGCGAAUGGAAGGACAAUCACAAACAACAACUACAGUAACCGGGACAGAUAACUCUUCUCUAGACAGCAGUGAUAGUGAUGAAGAAUCAAAUUGGGAAGAAGUGGCAGAUCACCACAGUCCAGUUAAAUCUCAGAUUCCUGCUAAUCCUGUCGAGAUCACUCUUGAUGUACCAGACAUCCUUAAAAAGAAAAAACGUAAGAAGUUUGAUUGGAAGGCAUGGGUACAGAGAAAGAUACGACGAUUCCAGAAAGAUGUUCGUAUUAGUGUACAUAAGGUGGAGCUGCUGUGUUUAUUGUCCCAUGGAAUGCAACAGAAUGCAAUCUGUAACAACUCGAGUCUGAUUGGUCAGGCAUUAUCUCUUGCUCCGGUGAAUAUAAGUAAAGGUAAUAUAAUGUCGCAGGAUGUUAAUGGAUUAAAACGAUUGGUUAAAUGGUUUAAAGGUUUGAUUGGCUACGAUUCAACAGCUACAGAUGAAGGAUCAGGAUUGGUACAGUGUUCAGUGCUAGAAGCUGGUUUUAACUCAAAACAAACAACUAGUGAAAAACAACUGAUCUUGAUAUUUAUUAUACUAAUGAGAGCUAUAGGAUUUGAUGUCAGACUUGUCCUAUCAUUUCAACCUCUACCAAUCAAAGAAAACGUGAAAUCCCCCACAAAGAAAAAUAAACCGUCAAUGUCUAAGCUAAAGAAAAAAACCCCAGAAAAACAAAGAACACAAAAUAAGCUUCACCCAGAAAAAUCAAAACCAAAAAAUAAUUCAGUAAAAACUAAGGAAGCAAAAACAAACCCAAAACUUAAAACUAAAAACCUGCGGAAAAGACGAAGUGCUUCUAAAGUUUUAAAACAAAGUGAUGUUGAUUCAGAUUCUGGCUCAGAUGAUUUUGUACCUAGCAGUGACAAUGAGAGUAAUUAUUCCGAUGAAGAAAGCUGUGGUAAACAACGCAAAAACUCAGGAAAAUCAACAAAUGCAAAAAGGAAAUCAACUUCUACUCGAAAUAAAGAAGACACAAGCAGUAUUGAAAGUUCGUGUGAUUUCGAAGAAGAGACAAUAGAAUAUCGAAGUCCAACAGCAGAUAGAAUUAAACGGCCGAUAAAGAAAAAUCGCAAGAUUUUGUCCAGUGAUUCCAAUGAUUCGACAGACAUCAAAACACCUGAAAUUACAGGGACAGAUUUAUGGGCCGAAGUUUAUUUACCAGAAGAAAAACAGUGGAUAUGUAUUGAUUGUAUCAGUGAAGUUAUAAAUAAACCUUAUGAAAUAGAAGCAACAGCCACACCCCCUCUACACUAUUGUCUAGCUUACAGUAAUGAUGGAAGUGUUAAAGAUGUGACCGCUCGCUAUGCUUCAAACUGGAUGUCACAGACACGUAAAUUACGAGUUGAUUCUGAUUGGUGGAGAGAAACACUGGCCGUGUAUCGAAGUCAAGAAGAACAUAAUCAACAAGAUGACGAAAAUAUAAAAGAUCAGUUAGUCAACAGACCUUUACCAACCAGUAUCUCACAGUUUAAAAACCAUCCAUUAUAUGUUCUACAGCGCCAUCUAUUAAAGUUUGAAGCUAUUUAUCCACAUGAUGCUGCUCCUUGUGGCUUUGUCCGUAAAGAACCAGUUUACCCCCGGGAAUGUGUGUAUGUGCUGCAUUCUCGAGAAAAUUGGAGAAAGGAAGGCAGAUCUGUUAUGAUUGGUGAAGAACCAUACAAAAUGGUGAAAUCUAGACCUAAAUGGAAUAAACCCAAGGAAAAUCCAGAUGCAUUGGAUUUGGAGUUGUUUGGCGAAUGGCAGACAGAGAUCUAUAUUCCACCACCAGUAGUUGAUGGAAAGAUACCGAGAAAUGAGUAUGGUAAUGUUGAGCUCUUUAAACCAUGGAUGUUACCUGCUGGUACAGUUCAUAUAAAAGUAACAGCAUUAAAUAGAAUAGCCAAAAAGUUAGGUGUUGAUUGCGUUGCUGCUAUGACAGGCUGGGAUUAUCAUGGUGGAUUUUCACAUGCUCUCCUAGAAGGAUGGAUAGUAUGUGAGGAACAUUCUGAAGCUUUAAUGGCUGCCUGGGAAGAAGAUCAGCUUAUACAACAAGAAAAAGAAGCAGAAAAAAGAGAGAAGAGGGUUGUAGGUAACUGGAAGUUAUUAAUCAGAGGCUUGUUGAUCAAAGAUAAAUUAAAACGUAAAUUUGAUCUACAGGAAGCAGUUGUGAAGGAGAAACAAGAAGUACCUGUUCGUAAAAAUAAGAAAACAAAAAAAGAGGAAGAACCAGCUAAUGAUGUGGCUUUAUCGUGGCCACGGAGACAGAUGAAACCAGAUGAUGCAACAACCAGUAAACAUUUUAUUGUCGAAACUAUGUAAUUAUUUUGUUUGCUGAUUUAUAAUUAUUUCCAUCAGCUGCAUAGCAUUUACUUUGCUAGCUAAUUUGUAAUUGCCAGUACUUCAUUAGCUGAAUUAAUAAUAAGAGAUUUAUAUGGCGCAAGAUUACACUAAAGUUUGUAAUGUGCUUUCAUUUAACUAAGACUAUGAAAGAACUAAUUGUUGAAUAGGUAUGUUUUCAACUCGCGUUUGAAUUGGUCAACAGAUUUAACCAUUCGUAAUUACCUUGGGAAGAAUUGUCAGUACUUAAUAAGCUGAAUUAUAAUUACUUUGCUUACUAAUUUGUAAUUGCCAGUACUUCAUUAGCUAAUUUGAAAUGAAUUACUUUGGCAGCUAAUUUGUAAUUGCCAGUACUUUAUUAGUUGAAUUGUAAUUGCGAGUACUUCAUUAGUCGAACUUAAUUACUUUGUUAGCUUUUUUGUAAUUACUUUGAGGCUAGCUCUCCUGGAUAUUUUAGAAUUAUGUCUACACCAGACUUGGAAAAGAUGAUAUGUUGCUUAGCUUCAUCUGCAUCUUGUUGUUACUGGUAUAUUUUGUCAACCUAAAAUUAAGAUUGCUUUCAACAUUUUUCUGCUUUUGAGAAAAUUGGGUUUAAAAGUUUGAAAUUCUCUAGAACAAUUUAUUAAUAAUGUAAUUAAACAAAUGGUGCUCUUAAUAGAUAUUUGUAUAUUUAGAAUUUGAUGUACAUAUGAAUAU